UCUGGGAUUCACUUCUCUGUCCACAUGUGGGUUACAUUUAAUCUAGAUAAGAGAUUAAUAUUAUUAAUUAUGCUAGUUUACCAAUCAUCAUCACGCAUCAUCCUCGGUAGGUAUUUUACAUAAAAAAGAAAAAAAUUAAUAAAUUCUGGGAUGGUAUCAUGGAAUUAUUCUGAUAGCGAACUUGUACAGACAAGUAAACAAUUCAUUAAUUUAUGGUCAUUAAGUAUUAGAGUCAAUUAAUUGAAAAGAACAGGUUAAUUUCAACCAGAUGACAACUGGCUACAAAGGUGAAAGACCCCAUCCCAUCAUAAUUAGCAACAGCACAGCCAGGUUCACAUCUACAGGAAAUGUCGCUGUGCUGAAUUAUCUCACUUUAACCAAAUUGACAUUUUCAUCAAAGCAUCAACAAGUACCAAACAUAACUUACUUGCCGGUCAUGAAGGGAUUUUCUCUUUUUGUCCCUGAGCUUCUCAGCGCCACCUUUUCGUUUUGUUUUGUUUUGUUUUUCUCCAUAUUUUGCGCAUUCCUGCAUCCAUCCAAAGUUGCCGUCAGAUGUCCGUCUGGGCUGUGUGUGAUUGACAGGUGACAGCAGCUGCGGAGUGAGGGAGUGGGUGGGACUUAACCGCCGCAGGGAUGAAAUGUGAUUGGCUAUUAGCAGCAAUCCCAGGUAAACCAGCCUAUGGCAUCAGGAGCUGUCCAGCUGACAGCCCCGCCUCCUUGUGGAGCGGACCAUAGCGCUGUUGGCGGUGUCGCGUCAGACUUCUUUCUUUUUUCUUCUAGUGGUCCGACCGGCCCACUGAGGCAGCGGCCCACCGGGAAACAUCCCGGUGCUCCCGAUGGCCAGUCCGCCCUUGACUCCAGUCCACACCGCUGCUGUUAUUAAAGCCCUCAGACCGCACGAGCUCCUGAAAGCAAAGCAAGGCUUGUAGCCAGAUAUCCGCCAAUGACUGCAGCGAGAGAGGGAGACGGAGCCUCCGGAGCUUCGGCGAAGCUACAUAGCUCCGGAGCGAAGUAUCGGAGCUCCGGGGCAAAGUUACGGAGCUCGUGCCGAAGUUACGGAGCUCGUGCCGAAGUUACGGAGCUCCAGGGCGAAGUUACGGAGCUUUGCAGAAGCUACGGAGGCGUGGUUUCCAUGCAAACUAAACAAUUGGAGGCAGGUCACUGUGAAGCGUCGGUUCAUAUAUAAAUAGAGCUCAGCCUCUCUGGUCACACCAACCCUGACUGAACACAGAUGAUGGCGCUUCGUCUCCUCUCUACACUGAUCCUGCUCUCUGCCAGCGGCUCUGUCUGUGGACUGAUGAUCUCUGAGGUUUUGGGAAACGAUGUUAAAUUCCCUUUGAGCGCGUCAUGUGGAGCAGAGAAGACUCAGCUUCUGUUUAUCUCUGCUAGAGAUCCGUCCCCCCGGCUGGUAGCGUCUCGGACUGGAGCUCAGGUCUCUCCUGGACCACUUUACACUGACAGACUGAACCACAGCGACUCUCUUCUCCUCCUGAAACACGUGAGGAUGAACGACGCCGGACUCUACGAGCUGACAUGUAACGACCGUGUAGAGACUCUGAUGGAGCUGCAGCUCUUCUUCCCGGUGGAAACGGUCUCUGCUGAGGGGCAAACCGUGGAUCUCCCGUGUCAUUCCGUUACACUCGGUAGAUCCGUGGAGAGUGUGAAGUGGGAGAAGAGCAGCGGACAGGUGGUGCUGGAGGUGGACGGACUCUCUGGAAGCUGGACUCCGGGGGAAGAGUUUCAAGGAAGCCGGCUGUCAGUGUCCAGGGACUGGAAGGAAACAGGGGACUUGUCGCUCCGGAUGGAGGUGAAGCAGGAACACGGAGGACUUUUCUUCUGCUCGGUAACAGAAGGCAGAGUGAAGACCUUGAAGGCAGCAGUGAGGCUGACAGUCAGACCGAACAUCACGGAUCCAGAGAGCAGCGAGACCAGCGAGCAGCCUCAGGAGUCACACUGUGCUGAGCUUUAUUGGCAUAAACUCUUCAUCACAGCAGCAGUUGUCCUGAGCCUCAUUCUGCUUAUGUUCAUGGCUGCUGCUGGAUGUUUUCUGAAAAGAAUCAGGCGAGCUGUUCUGAAGGCGUCGUCACAAGACAGAAAGAAAGAAGACGAGAGCAACACAGAUGGAAUUCCUCUGAACCCAAGAGAGGCUGAAGAAGGUCUGUCCUCUUCAGGAUCAGACACCAAAGAGAAAACCUGCUGGAGGACCAGAGAGAGUCUCUGAUUUCUACUCCUGAUCUUUCAAUUCGUUUCAAUUUCAAUUCAGCUUCAUUUAUACUGUGUCAAACACAACAGUCAUUUCUAGACACUUUGUCAGAGAAAUAGAGAGUGACUGGUGGCAAUUACACACACACACACACACACACACACACACACACACUCACACACCUGUAAACUACAUUUUCUAUUUUUAUGAACUUGUAGCAAGUUUUUUUUAUCAAUUGACAAAAAUGUUUUAAAUAAUGUUUGUAUUUCUCCUGAUAAAUAAGAUGGAGAAUCACACUGUCUAAUAGUGAAAUACAUCCAAAAUACACAAAACUAUUGAAAUGAUUCAUAAAGAAUAACUUAUGACCUGGUAUUGUUGAUAAACUCUUGUGUCACUGGGAAAAUGUUACGAUAUAAGAGGAGAGUUACAGUUUAAAACUCAUGAAGUCCACACCACUCUGAAAGGUUUUUGUGUCUCAUAUUGUGGUGUAAAAAGAUGGAACAAAUUCUUUGUGGAGACCAGACAUUUGUCAAAUGAGUUUCAAUUCAAAAAGAGAUGUAAAGAGCUGAUUCUGGGAGGUUUGGUGAUGAUAUGAUGAGGGCCGUUAAUUCAUGGUUCUGUUUGUACUGAAAGUGAUGAUGAUUAUAAAGCUAUACUGUUUUGUAAAUUAAGAUCAGGCAAUAAUGUGAAGCGGUAUGAUUGAAUAAGAACUUCUUCUUCCUUUUUGGGCAUGCGAAAAGCACGGUAUGGUGUGGACUUUUCAUGUUUCUCAAUUUGAUGUUUUUUCUAUCUUUUUUGGCUGUUCACCUUUUUUAUUACAUGUUUGAAAUAAAGCUUCUCAAACUAAACUAUUCACAGUAUGUAGAAGAAAUUGAUUCGGUCCAGACGCUGGCCUUCCCACCACUGAGGUUACAAACUGAGCUGUUUACUUUUUUCUUAAUUUUGACAUUAUUUUACA